AUGGCUGACCCAGCCGCGGUCCCAACAGCGGACGACAGGUCCCGCUACGAGACUCUCAAAAAGGAACUCAUGCAAGCGUUGCCCAAGAAGAGAGCCAUAGACAAGCAGCUGGCUCAGAUAGAAGUUCAGAUAUACAACCUCGAAGCCACAUACCUCACAGAAACUGCUGCACACAGUGGCGGGAAUAUCAUUCAGGGAUUCGAAAACUACCUCAAAAAUCAAGGAUCGGGGCGCAGGAGAAACGAAGUUCACGAUCACGAUCGCAUAUUCUCUAAUAGCAGCAUGACCUUCCAAAAGUCCCUCGAGCUGAUGGGAGAAGGCGACGAUCCGGCGCCUGCAGCCGAGGAAUUUGUGAAGCAACCUACUCCUGGUGUCACUACAAUAGCAGUACCUCCCGCCACCCGAAAUCAGGAGUUGACUGUCGCACAGCAAAAGAAGAUUAAGGAUAGAGAAUAUCAACGACGUAAACGCGCCAGUGUCAGCCACCGCAGUACGGGUGAUAGUGAAGAGGAAUUGGUCAGCGCAGCAAGUGCUUCCUCACGAAGACCGACAAAAAGAGCCCGUUUGGCAGAUGACGAUUGA